AUGGCGACGGGAAGAAAAGGGAGAGAGCUUUUUACUAUUUUGGAAACUAGCGCGGACACAGAGAGUAGCUCGGUGUGCGUUAGUCAGGACUCUCCGCUUAAUCUUUCGGCCGAUGUAAAGUGGUUCGAGAUUCCGUACAAAAAGCCCGACUCAGAGGAAGACGAGGCGUGCGAGGCGGAGGAGGAGGACGGCGAGGGCGAGAAUGGAUUCACAGCAGAGAACGCAGCCGCCACCGCGCAGCACGACGCGGACGCGGCCAGGCUGAUCAGCGGAGUCCCCUGCAACAUCAUCGUAGUGACGGGCAGUAACGGGCUCAAGCACGACGAGGAGGACUAUGUCGAGGACUGUUUCUACUCUACCUCCACUAACUGCUCCGAUAACACCUCCAACGACUCGGAUAUUGAUUUCUCCGAUUUGGAGGAGGAGCAGGAGCGCAGAAGUUUGUUCAGCCUGGAAGAAGACUUGGACGAGGACUGCACCGCUGGUGACUUCUGGGGAGAGCCAGACCAGGUGAUCUCUAUCGAACCUUUCACUGCUCCCUGCGGCCCGCAGCACUCACUGGGGGACGAUGCUGACACCCGUGACUAUUUCCGGAUACUCUUCCCAGAUUCUCUUUUUGAACACAUGGUAGAACAAACAAACAGUUACGCCCUCUAUCGGCAAAGGAGGAGUGGGAAGACAGACCCCCACUGGCACCCCACUGAUGUGAGAGAGAUGCAAGCCUAUGUAGGCUUAAACAUUCUUAUGGGCAUCAAUCAGCUUCCAGACACUGGCAUGUACUGGGCCAGUGAUAUUUUCAUAGGGAAUGCAGGCUUUAAGAAAACAAUGACAGCCAGGCGCUUUGAGAAGCUCACUCAAUACCUGCAGCUGUGUGAGCGGGAGUCAGAGCCAGAGCGGGGGGAACGUGGCUAUGAUGGCCUCUUUAAGAUCAGGCCUCUGCUGGACGUGUUGGAGAACACCAUGUGGGACGCGUACAUGCCCAAUCGCUGUUUAACAGUAGACAAGUGUGCCAUUGUGGUUAAGGGACGGUUCUCCCCUGCACAGUACAUGCCCUCUAAACCUCUGAAGAAGGGUCUGACCAUAUGGAUGCUGUGCGACUCCAGAACAGGGUACUGCCACCGGACCAAGAUUUCAGUGGGUAAGCCGAGGGACGAGGAGGCAGCAGCGUGCCUUGGCCACAGGGUGGUGACCUCCUUGGUGCGGGGCCUGGAAGGUCAGUACCACCACCUGUUUAUGGACAGCUUGUUUACCUCAGUGCCACUACUUCAGAGGCUGCUGCAGGAUGGACUGUACGCCUGUGGACCCACUCAUCCAGGCCGUAAGGGUUACCCUGAGGUUCUCAGGCCACGGAAUGUUGGGAAACUGUCCCAGGGUGAGUUCUACCAGUGUCAGCGAGGGAACCUGGUUGCCACAGUAACACGUGAUGUUAAAGUGGUCAGCUGUUUGUCCACCAACUCUGCCCCUGGCAUAGUUGGCAUCAGCCCGGGAAAAGAACAGAGUGACGCAGAGGGGGAAGGUGAAAGUGACAGUGGAGACAGUUCUGGAUUUGCCGUGCCCCGGCCUUUGCCCUUGCUUCUGUAUCAAGAAAACAUGAGAGGUGUGGAUCUGUGUGACCAGUUGAGAGAGUGCUAUCUGGUGGGUCGGCCCUGCAAGAAGUGGUGGCGCUACUUCCUGUGGUUCUACAUCAACCUCUGUAUAGUCAAUGCCUACAUCAUCCAGAGGGAGAGCCGAGGGGGGACUCCGCCCACAGGCUUCAAUGGAAAACAGUUCACUCAGCGCCACUUUCGGGUCCGACUGGCCCAGCAGCUGAUUGGAGAUUAUCAGGGGGCCCGGGGCAUGGAGCGGGCAGCACGUAAGAGGCACGCUGACUCACCCAUAGAGUAUGGACACAGACUGGAGCGCAUGUCCGAGCGCUCCCGCCGCUGUAGGAACUGCACCAACAAGGGACUGAGACAUGAGAGUGUGUUUGGCUGCAAGAUAUGCAACGUCCACCUAUGCAGAGGCGGCUGCUUCUCUGAGUUUCACAAAUAA